CCCCGCGCGGGCUCCUGGCAGGCUAGGGGGCGAUGCGGGGGCUGACCUAUCGCGGGGCCUAUCCCAGAGUUUCAGAGGGGCCGUUACCAGCCCCCGCCUGGACCACUGUUCCUGCACGUCCCUGUGUCGUGGGACCCUCGGGUACCGCUGUGCCUGCGUCACAGUGCCAUGUGAUGUCACUCCUCACCGAGUGACGUAAUCCGUCGAGGAGCGUGGGGCAAUGGGGCCUCGCGAGGCCUGCUUGGCUCCGUUACCCCUGUAAGAUGGCCUCACCCCUUGGGGGAAAGCCCUCUCCGCCCCGGGUGGAGUCCGCCCGCUACGAGGAGGCGGCGACGGUCCGCGUGGAGACCUCGUCCCACCGCGUGGAGACGUCCUCCCGUCAGGUGCGGAGGUCUUCCCGGCAGGUGGAGACUACGCAGCGCCGCAGCUAGGGGCGCUCCGUCUCCCUCUCUGGGAAACGGCUCCCUCGCGUCUUCGAGGUGUCAUACCAGCACGUGGAAACCGCCUCGCAGCGCACGGAGACGGCCUCCCGCCGCGUCAGGGCCUCGUCUCUGCGGGUGGAGACGUCUCUGCACCGCGUGGAGAGCCCGCCGCGGCGGGAGCAGCCGGCCGCUCGCCAAAAUGUCCAAAAGGCCCGAUGAAAUGCUUCCUUCCUCGGGGUCACGAGAGGGCCAUGGCCCUUGGCCAGGGCAGAAUUGCCUCCAGUUCGCAGCCAGCCUGCCGCCAGGUGGACCGAUCAUCUUUGGUUUCCUGGAAACCGACCACAAAUCAAUUUAAGAAAGAGCCAAGUUGCGGUUUCGGGACUCAGCCAACAUUCAUUGACACUGCUGCUCCCUGGACCAUCCUUUCCUGCCUUUCACCCAGUAAACUAUUUUAACUUGAAGGCAGCACAAAAAGUUUUCGGGCCCUAGAUAUUGUAUAUAUUGAGAUGAUGGACAAAGAGGCUGUUUGAACCUCUGAGGCAGACUGACCUUCCCACUGACUGAAAAACUAGACCUCGGAUAAGUGAAUUCACCCCUCUGGGCCUCACUGCCCCCACUGAAAAUGAGAUGUUUGGACCAAUCUUUAGAUCUGUGAUUCCCAAAGUGAGGAAUGCAAAUGUUGCUGGGUGUGCAAGAGGAUUUUAGGAGGUCACAUGAGAUUUGGCAGCAACUAAGGUGGCCAUUCCAUGAUUGAGAUUUAGAAAAUCACCAGCAAGAGGGAGAAAGCCCCAGAACACUGACCCUGAGAUGUGCCUUUGGGGCACUGAAGCAAUGACCAUCUGGAGACAAAGAGGAGAGCUGGGAUUGCCGAUUGGAUGGGGAUGGGUCGGGGGAGAAGGUGAGGAGGUGCUUUGACCAGGAAAAGAGCUGAGAAUGUGUGGAAACAGACCCCCGAAGGAAUGGAAGGGAAAAAUUCUUGGGACCACAAUUGCAGACAGAAUGCGAUGGAGUUGCUGUUUCUUGCCCAUGAGUUUAAUGACAAGGUUCCUUCCCUUUGGAUGCCAACUAAGCAGGAGCCGGCAGGGCAUCCCCUGACUUUGCAGCCCAGCCAGGCCUGGAAUCUGCCCCAAACACAAUCACAGAUAUUCCCAAGGCUUGAAGUCCAUCCAGAGACUAGUCACUUGAUGCAAUUGCCUGUGGUCUGAAAAACAAACUCCCACCCAAACAUAUUGCACCUGGGGAGACUGCAAUCUCAAUGAUCAUGUCUCCCAGGACUCAGGCCCACUCUGACCACAGGAUCUUUCUAAAGGCGUGACCAACAGACGUGUGCACAAUUCCACCAUGUAAUUUUUGUCUGGGAGGUAAAAUACCUCUGUCGUUACAUCAUUUUCCUUAGCGUAGCGAUCCCUUAAGAGAAGAAAGCCUGACCAAGAUCCCUUCUCAAAGUCAACCAUGGAAAUAACCUUUUAAUAUUCUCUCCUGUCUUCCGUGACCUUCUACAGCUUUCACACACAAUUUCUCAUUUUAUCCUCAAAACAACGCAUCGAGACCCGCAUCGUUCACACCCGUUCAGCUCAGCCAGCGUUCGCCUGCCCACUACUGCACAGCCCAGGG